AUGGAAGAAAAUAUUACUUCUGAAGCCCAGUUAGAAUUUAAUAAUGAAAACGCUAAGAGACUUAUUUAUCAAGUAGCAGAAUUUUCUGCGUCUAGCUUAGACAAUUUAUUAGAAAUCGCUAAGACUACAGCGGAAAAUAUUGAAGAAACUGGAAAUUCUCAGCAAGAAGCAGGAGAAAUAUUGGCUUUUAAACAGAAGAUCAAAGGGCUGGAAGAGAAUUUGGCAGACCUUAAAAUGAGAAUAAAAGCUGACCUUUAUAGCAUCCAAGACAGCUUAAAGAAAGCAGAGAUAUCUGCUAAUGAGAUUGCUGAACCUAAUGAAAAAGCUGAUGAAGAAAUUGAGAAACUCCAAAAACUUAUAAUAUUAGGCAAUAUAAACAAAACAAAAAUAAAAAAUAAAAUCUGGCAAGUAGGUGAAGAAAUUUCAGGUAUUGAGAAAAAGAUGUUCACGUUAGCAAGACAAAAAGGAUUGAGCAUUACAGAAGAAGAAAACAUAGAUUAA